AAAUAAAGUAUACAGUACUUGGAUUAUUGUAAUUCAAAAAACAUGGACUAUUUUAUGCUUUUAUCUCUGGCCAUUAUAUCAGGGACCCUUGGUCAAAUUUGCAACUAUUCCGGAUUUACUGAUUGUGUGUUGCAGCCAUCUAUACUAAAUUAUACGCAAAAGAUAAGUUCGCCAAACUUUUUUAAAACACUAAAUCCCCAAGACGCUGUAGAUAAACAUUGUAGUUUCCAAUGGAAGCUAGUGUCGUGUCUUCAGGAUAUGAAAAGAUCAUGUGUUUCAACAAACAGCCUCUCAUUACCCUUUGACAUGCUGAUUUCUGCUGUGAAGUACCUGUGUACAGUAGGGAAACAAGGAUUCAUUGAUAACUUUCAAUGUCUGAUGAACAACUUUGUAGUGGAUCGAACCAGUCUUCAGUCUUGUAAGAAAUUCUUUCCAGAACUUAUGGAAAUAAAAAACCGCAAAACUGGUUCUGAUGUUUCCAGUGAAAAAUGCAGAGUAUUAGAGAAACUUUUGACCUGCAUUGAUAACAAGGCCAAAAAUUUGUGUGGUGGCAAAGCAGCAACUUAUAUCCGUUCAUAUCUGGAAGCCUCGUUCAAACCACUGACUGAGGGCGUUACAUGUAACAAUAGUCAGACGACAACCACACAUUGGUGGACAUUCGUCAUGAUGUUUGUUACUUUUUCAAUUUGUCUCUUUAACGUUCUGUAUGAUUUCUUAUGAAAAUAAAUAAUUUAUCACUUUA